CUUGAAGCUGAGCUACUUGGAUGCCCCAUUUCCAGCCGAGGGCCCGUCCACUGUCCAGGGAUUUUUCGAGCCGCCCUUCUACGAAUGGUAUCGUACAAACAAUGAUUUUACCGAGUUCUAUCAAGUCGAGGAGUGUAUCUCUUACAUCUCCGAUUACAUGAAGUCGCACGGUCCAUUCGAUGGUUUGAUGGGAUUUUCACAGGGGGCAUUUCUCGCAGGACAACUAGCUGGAUAUCAGCGUUUGAAGGAAGAUCUUCUUCCUACGCCGAUCAAGUUUGUGAUCUUGAUCGGCGGAGGUAUGUCUGGAUACAAGCCCAUGUCGGCGGCUUACGACACUCCAAUCAAGUGUCCUUCGCUCCACACAAUCGGAAGGAAGGACUUUAAUCGCCCGGCCGGGGAGACACUCGUGACAAAAUUCGAGAACCCAGUGAUCUUGAGGCAUCCUCAUGGUCAUCGUGUUCCAGAGCUUGACAACGACUCCAUCGCCGAAUUUCGAUCCUUCCUUCUAAAGAUGCUGGCUUUGCGAGACGAAGACGAAGAUCCAAAGGAGCAUUUGGAAAAAUCCACUUGAAUGGUAUCCACGCAUCGUGGCCGUCCAAAUUCAAACUUAGGGUUCUUAAAGUUAGGCGCCAUUUCUUGUUGCUAUGGGCAUUUAGAUUUGUAUGAAUGUUCUUAGAAAGCAAAGCCAGGAUGAGAUCGCCUUCUUCGCUCAGCUCAUCCGAUCGCGAGGCGUGGGCAGGGAUCUAUCCGAGGCGCUGCGCGUCCACUCGCAACUCCUUGGCUCGCCCCAUCUCAGCAAGAACAGAUUUCUCUCCAAUCUCCUCGUCGAGAUGUAUGGAAAGUGUGGCAGCAUUGACAGCGCGCGCGCUGUUUUCGAUGGAAUCCAUGAGCCCAAUAGCUUCUCCCACACGCUCAUGGUCUCGGCGCUCGCGCACAACGCGCGAGUGGAAGAGGCGAUGGCGCUGUUCUUGAGGAUGGACGGCCGGGAUGUCAUACCAUGGACGGCCAUGAUUGGUGGGUGCGCGAUGGCGGGGGAUCUUAAGCAGGCCAAGCACUUCUUUGAUCGAAUGCCACAAUGGAACAUCGUGUCGUGGAACGCGCUACUCCAGGCUUUUGCCACGAGUGGGGAUUUUGCCAGUGCGAUGGAAAUCUUCGAAGCGAUGCCGGAGAAAAACAACGUUUCCAUCAACACCCUUUUGAGAAGCAUGAACCAGCUUGGUUUUGGCGAUUGGGCGAUGACGAUUUUCGAGAAAAUGGAAAACCGAGACAUCGUUUCGUGGACAGAGUUAGUAUCGGCAAAUGCCGCAUGCGGGUAUCUUGAGGAUAUGUGGCAUAUACUUAGAAAGAUGCCACAAUGCGACGUCGUUGCGUGGACCGCCGUGCUAGUGGGUUUUGCGGAAAACGGUAAUUUGGAAUAUGCUAGGGCAGUGCACGAAAAGAUGCCCCAGCGUGACAACGUUGCGUGGAACGCGAUGGUCCAAGCAUAUGCCCUUCGAGGGCAAAUAGAGGAGGCACGGCUCAUGUACGACCGUACGCCCAAGCACGACGUUGUCUCGGCGACGCUCAUGGUCUCGGCAUAUGCCCAGUACGGAGACGCCAUAGAGGCUCAAAAGGUGUUUCGAUCCAUGAAGAAAACCAACGUUGUGUCUUGGAACGCAAUGAUCCAGGCUUACAUCCAUAUCGGCGAUUUGGAGGCCGCAAAAUCGAGUUUUGAUGAGAUGCCACAGAGGGAUGUCGUGUCGUGGAAUGCAAUGGUUGCGGUCUUUGCUCAGAAUGAGCAGCAGCUCCAAAUCGCGAGGAGUUUCUUUGAUCGUAUGCCGCAAACGAAUGUGAUCUCCUGGAACACGAUCAUGACGGCGGUCGCGAGCAGUGGACACUUGGAGGUCACUCUGGAGAUCUUUGCGGGCAUCCCACAGCGGAGCCUUGUGUCGUGGAAUGCGAUGGUCCAGGCGUAUGCUCAAAACGGGCACAUCGAACAAGCCCAGGAAACUUUUGAUCUCAUGUCGUGUAGAGACGUCUACUCGUGGAAUCUGAUCGUCGCCACUUACAACAUGGUGAAGAAACUCGAUCAAGCGACCAGGUAUUUCAUGGAAAUGCCCGAGGCCAACUUAGUCGCGCAAACAAACAUGGUUUCGGCGUAUGCCCACAACGGACAUCUCACAAAGGCCAGAGAGCUGUUUGAUAGUAUGAAGCAGCGCAACCUCCUUGCAUGGACCACCAUGCUCACGGGAUAUGCCCAAAGGGGGCAUACCAGCGAAGCCUUUGAGCUCUUCCAUCUCAUGGGACUGGAAGGGAUCGAGCCCGACGAGCUCGCAUUCAUCGCGGUUCUCACGGCACACAGCCAUGUCGGACUCCUCAAAGAGGGUCUCGAGUGUUUCAAGUCGAUGAUCGGGGACAGGAAAGUCUCCCCAGUUCUCCAACACUACCACUCCAUACUUGAUCUCCUGGGCCGCGCGGGAGAGAUUGUGGAAGCCGAGAACUUGAUCUACUCCAUGCCAUUUCUCCCGGACGAGGUCUCGUGGACGAUCUUGCUGGGAGCUUGUCGAGUCCACCGCGAUUCCAAGCGAGCCAAAGAGAUCGCAGAUACGAUGAUGAAUGUGGAUCCAUCAAAGGGCGCUUCGUACGUGCUCUUGUCAAACGCUGUUGUGGAUCAUUCCCGCCAUCUAUGAUUGUAAAUGCAAGAACUUUUUUAGUCAA